CGAGAAAGAGAGAGAACAAACAAAAGAACAAAAAUGUCGUCGACUGACUCGACCACCGGACUUGCUCCUACGGAUCCACCACCCACCGAGACUGAUGCAGAGCGCGUAGCUAGAGAAGGCGUCGUGAACAACGCCGGAGGAAACGGCGGCUUCUUUGGAUCUCUUGGUGCUAUCUUCGCCUUGAUUGUUUGUUUCCAACCUCCGGCAGACAACGACCUCGAGACUGGGCUUCUCAACCACGAAGACGACAUUGGCGGCGGCCAGAACUGGAACCUCUUCUCAAGAUUCUGCAACUGCUUCAGUGCUCCGCCCACAGCUUCUUCCGAUGACGACGACGAAGAAAUCGUCGGUGGCGGCAGUGCUCCGCCCACGGACGCCGGCGAAGUCCACACAGCUUUUCCCCAUGGCGACAACCAAGAAAUCGUCGACGCCGAGAAUGGACGGGUGAAUGAUCGUCUAGCCGGAGCCGGUACUUCCGGAGCCGGUACUUCCGGAGCCGGUACUUCCGGAGCCGGUACUUCCGGAUCCAACGUCAACCUCGCCGGCCAGAAUCCGAAUUUCUUCUCAAGAAACUUCAAUUGGUGGGGAACUCCUCCAGCUAAUGCUAACGGUGGCCAAGAGGAGGCAGGCCAAGAGGAAACAAAUGCAGAGGAUAAAGAUGUCUGGAAUCGUUUUGUAGAAAAGGGCAAUCAUUUUGUUCAGUGGCUUCUAGGUACAGUGUUCCUAUUUGUCCCGGCUAGUUAUCUGGUUCAGGGCGAAAGUGAUCCAAAAGACAAACCCGCUAUUCUUUCCGCCUACAGCUACUUAACUGACGAGCUUCAGUCAAAGCUCCCCGAUUUCUUUCUUCCGACUAUGCUUCUCUACAUUGGUUUUUAUAUGGGAUCCAUGUUGUUCCGAACUAAGAAGGUUGUGAGAGGGUUCCAAGCAGUGGGGUUGGUUCUAGGAUUGGUUGCCACGGUGGAGUCUCUGGCUUACGUGGGGUUUGAGGCGUCCAUGUGGGCUGCGGGCGGCUUUGUAUUUCUUGUUGCGGUUUUGACCAUCUCUAAGGCAUCAAGUUUCGGGUCGUCUCUUAGAGAAAGCUUGCAAGCAGGAGGACAACUCGUUGUUCCUGAAAAUGCAUAUGCCAGAGUUAAUAUGCUUCAUUCUCUUUUGCAUAAAACGAUUAGUCAGCAUAGACUAAAGCAAGCGUUGGCUGCAGAAUCUAAAGUAGCGAAGUUGAAGACUUCAAUGCAGAGGCUUGAAGCAACGGCAAGCAAGAAGCCACCCAUCACAACUUCCUUGUUUGGAAGAAUGGCCUUGAGCUUCCGCUCGUCACCAAACCUUGCUGCUGCGGCUGAAGCUGCUGCUCUUGCGGUGAUCCGCCCAGUGGAGGCAAAAUACCCGGCUCUGCUUUUUAAGCAACAGCUUGCAGCAUAUGUGGAGAAAAUAUUUGGGAUGAUUAGGGAUAACUUGAAGCAAGAGCUCUCAGCUUUAAUAUCUAUGUGCAUUCAGGCACCGAGAAUUUCAAAAGGAGGGGUGCAAAGGUCUGGUAGGUCUCUUGGAAAAGAUUCCCCUGCUAUUCACUGGCAGAGCAUUAUUGAUGGCUCGAUUCUUUUACCAAACAGCACAAAUGUGACACUCACACUUACCAACCCUGAAUCUAAUAAAAUCUCAAUGAAGAAUUUUGUUAACUUGGUGAAAGAGGAAUAUGAGAAAACCCGUAAAAAUUGUAUCUUGUCCGGUAAGAUGAGGAAGCGGGUUGAUUGGAAUUUGGCUGCUAAAUCUUAUCUCGAGUUUAACGGUGAAAAGAUUAAACAAAUCGUUCGGUUUGAUAAGUUUAAGCCUGAUUUCUGCAAUAUAAUACGUCUUGAUAACAUAUGGGAUUUAACACCUGAUACUGAUUUGCUUAAGGAACUACCUCAAACUUAUAGCUUUGAGACAGCUAUUGCGGAUCUCAUUUGGUUAGGAGGUGGAAAAGUUGAAGACAUGUGUCAAGAUGGAAAGACACCCUCCAGUGGUCUUAGUUACACGUAUAAACUUGUAUACCAUGGCUGCUCCAAUGACGAACAUAGAGACUCUGAUAAAGCGGAGGAUAAUUCCUUGCAAGCUGUGUGGUCUUGUUCACGGGGAGAUCGAAGACUGAUUAGUGUCGAUGUUCUCGAAGAUCGGAUUUCCAUCUUCGAUUCCUGGGGGAAAAUAGGGGCUUCAUUACAUAGGUAUCACAAAUCCAAAGCUAUUGGAAGCGAACCACCAUACCUUAUGGUUGAGAUAUUUGAAUCGGAAUGUAAGAUUCCAGAAAUAUAUCAACUUCAGUGCAGACUCAAGAACAUAUAUUUUCCUUACAUCCAGGAUUUCUGUGAUGAAAUCUCUAAAACUGGGAGGACCGAAAGGCCUGUAGAGUUUCAGGUCAAUGGAGAGGAUUUAGCUGAGUUAACAGGUGGAGAGGUUGCCACUAUCAACCUAAACUCCAAGGGUCGAGAAUUUUGGUUUCAGAUUCGAUUCGUCCAUAGUGAAAUGAAAAAAGGGUCAUUGACAUCCCAGGAGGCAAACGCUCGCCUCAAGUUUGCUUAUUUUCCAAUCGUACGGGAAACUGAGAGCAUUUAUAAAGAGAGCAUUGAUAUUAUUUUGGAAAGCUUAGGAAAGGAAGGAUACAAAGCUUCUGAAAGCUUUGAAACUUUUAGUCGUCUUUCUGUAAGAAGACUUGGUCGUCUACUCCCAGAAGUCCCUUGGGUUAGUCUUCUUUGGUCACAAUUUGCUGGUCUUCCUGGAGUACUCACAGUUCCUGUUGCCAGACAAGGCAUCAAUUCCGUUUAUGGAAAAGGGAGACAGAGCAACUACUUUGCAGAAAUGCUGUCGACUGAUCUUGCAAGUCAAAACCCCUUCUCUUUGGCUUUGAAAAAAUUUGGUAGUAAAUCAAAGGAGAAGGAUAACGAUGUCAAUGUUGCGCUUCAUAGAAAAGGAGAAGCUUUAGUUUGUAAUUAGUUAUAAAAUGGUUAUUUGUAAUUGCAAUGCUUUUGAGCUCUACCUGUGAGGGUGCACAAUGUUAUGAAGAGAAAAGAUCAGGAUUCUGAAAGGCGCAUGUGGAGGGGUUCACAAGAACUCAAAUCUCAACAAUUUCACAUAAUGAUUUUCAAGAUGUCUUUGCUCUUGGAUAUUCUAUCAUUAUCUGUCUCUACACUUUUUCAUUACUUAUAAUUACAGGGGAGGGUUAUACAUUUCAUAUGAGGCUGAGGAAGAAGAAAAUACACUAAGGAAGGUUAA